CUCCUCCCUUCAGAGGAGGACCUAUUAGAGCCCUUGCCCCGGCGCCGGUGACUCAGUGUUCGCGGGAGCGCCGCACCUACCCCAGCCAACCCAGAUCCCGAGGUCCGACAGCGCCCGGCCCGGUCCCCACGCCUGCCAGGAGCAAGCCGAGAGCCAGCCGGCCGCCGCACUCCGACCCCGAGCAGUCUCUGUCCUUCUGCCCGAGCCCCGCGCCCUUCCCGGGACCCCUGCCCAGCGGGCAGCGCUGCCACCCUGCCGGCCAUGGAGACCCCGUCCCAGCGGCGCGCCACCCGCAGCGGGGCGCAGGCCAGCUCCACUCCGCUGUCGCCCACCCGCAUCACCCGGCUGCAGGAGAAGGAGGACCUGCAGGAGCUCAAUGAUCGCUUGGCGGUCUACAUCGACCGUGUGCGCUCGCUGGAGACGGAGAACGCAGGGCUGCGCCUUCGCAUCACCGAGUCUGAAGAGGUGGUCAGCCGCGAGGUGUCCGGCAUCAAGGCCGCCUACGAGGCCGAGCUCGGAGAUGCCCGCAAGACCCUCGACUCAGUGGCCAAGGAGCGCGCCCGGCUGCAGCUGGAGCUGAGCAAAGUGCGCGAGGAGUUUAAGGAGCUGAAAGCACGCAAUACCAAGAAGGAGGGUGAUCUGCUGGCUGCUCAGGCCCGGCUGAAGGACCUGGAGGCUCUGCUCAACUCCAAGGAGGCCGCACUGAGCACUGCUCUCAGUGAGAAGCGCACGCUGGAGGGCGAGCUGCAUGAUCUGCGGGGCCAGGUGGCCAAGCUUGAGGCAGCCCUGGGUGAGGCCAAGAAGCAACUUCAGGAUGAGAUGCUGCGGCGGGUGGAUGCUGAGAACAGGCUGCAGACCCUGAAGGAGGAACUGGACUUCCAGAAGAACAUCUACAGCGAGGAGCUGCGUGAAACCAAGCGCCGCCAUGAGACCCGGCUGGUGGAGAUCGACAACGGGAAGCAGCGUGAGUUUGAGAGCCGGCUGGCCGAUGCCCUGCAGGAACUGAGGGCCCAGCAUGAGGACCAGGUGGAGCAGUACAAGAAGGAGCUGGAGAAGACUUAUUCCGCCAAGCUGGACAAUGCCCGGCAGUCUGCUGAGAGGAACAGCAACCUGGUGGGGGCCGCCCACGAGGAGCUGCAGCAGUCGCGCAUCCGCAUCGACAGCCUGUCCGCCCAGCUCAGCCAGCUCCAGAAGCAGCUGGCCGCCAAGGAGGCGAAGCUUCGAGACCUGGAGGACUCGCUGGCCCGUGAGCGGGACACCAGCCGGCGGCUGCUGGCGGAAAAGGAGCGGGAGAUGGCCGAAAUGCGGGCAAGGAUGCAGCAGCAGCUGGAUGAGUACCAGGAGCUGCUGGACAUCAAGCUGGCUCUGGACAUGGAGAUCCAUGCCUACCGCAAGCUCCUGGAGGGCGAGGAGGAGAGGCUACGCCUGUCCCCCAGCCCCACCUCACAGCGCAGCCGCGGCCGUGCUUCCUCCCACUCGUCCCAGACACAGGGUACGGGCAGCGUCACCAAAAAGCGCAAGCUAGAGUCCACCGAGAGCCGCAGCAGCUUCUCGCAGCACGCACGCACUAGUGGGCGCGUGGCUGUGGAGGAGGUGGACGAGGAUGGCAAGUUUGUCCGGCUGCGCAACAAGUCCAGCGAGGACCAGUCCAUGGGCAAUUGGCAGAUCAAGCGCCAGAAUGGAGAUGAUCCCUUGCUGACUUACCGCUUCCCACCGAAGUUCACCCUGAAGGCUGGGCAGGUGGUGACGAUCUGGGCUGCAGGCGCUGGGGCCACCCAUAGCCCCCCUACCGACCUGGUGUGGAAGGCACAGAACACCUGGGGCUGCGGGAACAGCCUGCGCACGGCUCUCAUCAACUCCACUGGGGAAGAGGUGGCCAUGCGCAAGCUGGUGCGCUCAGUGACUGUGGUUGAGGACGACGAGGAUGAGGAUGGAGAUGACCUGCUCCAUCACCACCACGGCUCCCACUGCAGCAGCUCGGGGGACCCCGCUGAGUACAACCUGCGCUCGCGCACCGUGCUGUGCGGGACCUGCGGGCAGCCUGCCGACAAGGCAUCUGCCAGCAGCUCAGGAGCCCAGGUGGGCGGAUCCAUCUCCUCUGGUUCUUCUGCCUCCAGUGUCACGGUCACUCGCAGCUACCGCAGUGUGGGGGGCAGUGGGGGUGGCAGCUUCGGGGACAACCUGGUCACCCGCUCCUACCUCCUGGGCAACUCCAGACCCCGAACCCAGAGCCCCCAGAACUGCACCAUCAUGUAAUCUGGGACCUGCCAGGCAGGGGUGGGGUUGGAGGCAUCCUGCUUCCUCCUCACCUCAUGCCCACCCCCUGCCCUGCUCCUCAUGGGAGGGGGCUUGAAGCCAAAGAAAAAUAUGCCUUUGGUUUUUUUCUUCUGUAUUUUUUUUUCUAAGAGAAGAUAUUUUCUACAGUGGUUUUAUACUGAAGGAAAAACACAAGC